AUGCCAUCCAUCUAUCUUCUCAACUGUCGUUCGGUCAUCUCCUUUCUGGAUAAGCUCGAAGAACACCGCACUCUCUCCUCCCUUGAGUCCGCUCUCCGAUCCUUGGCCAAGACUCAUCUGAGCCAAAAGAAUUUUGACAGAGCUACCUAUUGGAGGCAACGCGCUAAAAUUAAAAAUUGCACCCUUGGUGAUGAAAACUCCCGCUACUUCCACCUCUGCGCCUCGGGCCGUCUGCAGAAAAACCAAAUCAAAAACCUGGAGGCUGAUGAUGGUAACAUCACCUUCUCCCACCCUGCGAAAGCCUCCAUUCUUCAUGGCUUCUUUAAAUCCCUUCUUGGAACUCCCCUCCCUGCUAGUGACAAUCUAAACCUUCCCUCCUUAGUCCAAUCCACCUCGCUUACCCCAUCCCAAGCUGCCUCCCUUACUCGCCCCUUCUCCCUAGAAGAAAUGUCUGCGCCCGCGGCUGUUUUCAAACUUGACUUCCGCAAGGCCUUUGACUCCAUCAGUUGGGAUGCGCUUGACCGCAUCAUGAGGGCAAAAGGGCUCCCGGAACUUUGGUGUUCCUGGAUUCGGUUGCUAAACCACUCUAGCCAAACUGCGGUUCUCCUCAACGGCAUUCCUGGUAGAUGGAUCCAGUGCCGCCGCGGCCUUCGACAAGGAGACCCCCUUUCCCCCUUCCUGUUCGACAUUGUGGCAGACGUGCUUCAACAGAUGCUUCUUCAGGCCUCCCGAGAUGGCCUCCUCCUCCACCCUCUUGUGGAUGACCUCACUUGUCCCGUCCUCCAGUACGCUGAUGAUACCCUUAUCAUUAUCCGAGCGGUCCCGGAGCAUGUUAGCAAUCUUAAGAAGGUCCUAGAUGACUUCUCUGCUGCCACGGGCCUUACUAUUAACUUCCAUAAGAGUACCUUUGUUCCCAUAAAAACUGCCCCUUCCAUUGCGACCAUGAUGGCCUCUGCCUUUGGCUGCGAGGUUUCCACUUUCCCCCAGACCUACCUUGGUCUCCCCCUAUCCCCCUACAAGCUGCGCUUCCGAGACUUUGCCCCCAUCAUGUCCAAAAGUGACAUGCGUCUCUCUGGUUGGCGAGGACGGUGUCUCCCUAUUGGCGGGCGCCUUAUUCUUGUCAACUCGGUCCUCACCUCUAUGCUCUCUCACGCGAUGAGUGCGGGUCUCCUCCCCGUGGGAGUCAUCGAAGCCAUUGACAAGAGGCGCCGCGCUUUCCUUUGGACCGGGGAUGAAUCCUGCAAUGGGGGGCAGUGUAAAGUGGCCUGGCAGGCUGUCUGCGUUCCAAAAAAACUUGGGGGGCUGGGGGUUAUCUCCCUGCCUUCUCAAAACUCGGCUCUCCUUGCAAAAUUUCUAACAAAAAUCCACUCUGACUCCUCUGCCCCUUGGGCAUCCUGGUUCCGCCGGAUGUACGGAUGGAAUGGUUCCCGAGACUUGGGAGACCGCCAUCACCUGGACACUCCCAUCUGGAAGGAUAUUGUUACCGGGCUUCCCGCUUUUCGCUCCAUCUCCAAGGUCACCUUGGGAAAUGGGGCUUCCGCGGCCUUCUGGAUGGACCUCUGGCUUGGCGAUCAACCCCUUCAGGAGCGGUUCCCCAACCUCUUCUCUCACUCCACUCGACCCAACAUCAGUGUCGCCGCUACUCUUUCCUUGGGUCUCCGCACCUACCUUGGACCGCGCCUUAACGCUGCCGCGGCAGAUGACCUUCGAGUCUUGUCUCACGAGCUGAGCUUGGUAGACCUUCGUCUUGACGUUUCGGAUUUACGGGACGCCCGCCUCUCUAACAAAAAACUUUCAAGCAAAUGUUUCUAUGUCCAUUCCUUCAGGCAUUUGCAGAUUGACGAUGUGGCGACUGUGGUUUGGAGGAGUGCGGCCCCCCUCAAGUGCAAGAUUUUCUGCUGGCUUGCCAGGAGAAAACGGCUCCCCACCAACGAACGGCGGUUCCGGCACCACCUCACCGCCUCCGCCGCUUGCCUCUCCUGUAACACCGUUGAAGAUACUGACCACCUGGUGCUCUUCUGUCCCCGAGCUACCGAAGUUUGGGAGUCUUUCCACCUGGGGUUCGACCCCGGCGCCUACGCCAGCUUCUCAGACUUCUGCCUCCAACACAGCAGCAGUUAUGAAGAAGCCACUAUCAACACGGCCAUCGCUUGGAGCAUCUGGAAGCGUAGGAAUGCUCUGACCUUCAAUAACAUAAACGAAGAUCUCUCUUUUGUCACCCGCAGAUGCAUCCAGGAUAUCCGGCUCUGGGCUUUCAGAUGUAACACCCCCUCCUCAACCUCCUUUCUAAAUUCUUGGUGUAAUGGGUAUGAUCCCCCUUGA